GUGACUGUCCCAGAGGCAGUGCGAAUAUUUGAACAAUUCCAGUCAAAAUGGAUCACCAAUGGUCAAGUUCUUUGGAGUGGCAUACCGUUCGACAAUGCCCAAGCAUGGGCCGAGAAAAGAAACCUGCAAACGCUAACUACAGCCAUGGGCCCUUUGAUGGAUAAGAAAAAUCCAGAAUGUCUGAGGACAAGAAAAUCAAAGAAUCAAUGGAGUCGGUAUAUUCAUGGUGCUUCGGCAAUUUUUGCUUGGCACAUCGCUAGAUUCGAGAAAGUCAUACUGCUUUCAUCUCCACCACCUCAACGAUUACAUCCCACUGGUCUUUCAAACUAUCAAUUGAUAGAAGAGCCAAUAAUUCGAGGACUUCUUGGUCAUUGCGCGGUUCAAAAGAUCAUAAAUAUUCAUCCUACUGUUCUGGGCGGUGAGAAAUGCCCAUACGAAAUAUGGCCUAAUGACGAAACUUUCAAAUGGACUAUGCAAUUCGGAACGACAUAUACCUCUAGAAGAUGGAGGCCCGUU